GUGCUGGAGGGGGAGGAGUUCUGCUGCGUCCUCCGGUCUCGGCUGGGGUCGCACUCGCUCGUAUAUGGGGCAGAGGUGGAUGGCCUGGACCCACACCAUACUGGCGACCCUUCCACGAUGGCACGUUUCGUCGAACUAAAGACGUCGCGCGAGGUGGAAAACCAGAGGCAACGCAACACUCUCCGAAGGUUCAAGAUGCUCAAGUGGUGGGCCCAGUCCUUCCUCGUGGGCAUCGAGCGGGUGGUGGUCGGCUUCCGCGACGAUGACGGCGUUGUGCACCGGCUGCACGCUUACAGCACGAGACAGCUGCCCAAGGACCAGGAUUUCUGGUCGCCGGCCGUGUGCAUGAACUUCGCCGACGCACUGCUGAGCUUCGUGGCGCGUCACGUGACCGGCGACGACCCGCGCGCCGUCUGGCGGCUGGACUUCCGGCCCGCCGAGCGGCGGGUCACGUGCACGCCGCUGGGCCGCAGCCAGCGCUUCCGCCUGCUGCCGGACUGGUACACGGAGCAGAUGUUCCCGCGGGAGCUGGUCACGUGACCGGGCGCGCCGAGCAGACGUGCCGAAGAGGUCCGGUCAUGUGACCUAGUGCUGUCGAUCCGGUGGGGUUGUGCCGCGUGGCGGGGCCCAUUGCGCCGCACAAUGCGCUGAUUGUGUUACCCAGUGGCUCUGGCCUAGCUGAGCUCGUCACUGACAGCUGCGAGACUGGUGAUGACGUCACCGUUCACCCAGCUCUACCGAGCCAGUCACCGGGCAGUUUGAUGGGCGGAUGGCGUCAAUCCUGCGACGUCAUCGUCGCCUGGUUUGGUGCUCGUCCCGCCCUGCGUGGGACGAGGGUGGACGGCCGGCACCGCCAGCCCUACCGAGCCAAUCACUGGGCAGUUUGAUGGACGGAUGACGUCAAUCCUGCGACGUCAUCGUCGCCUAGUUUGGCGCUUAUCCCGCCCUACGCGGGACGAGGGGGGAAUGCCGGCACCGCGGUGGGAGGAACUGGGCGCCAAGUUCGUCAACGCUCGUGUUACGUACGACCUUUCCGCGUGGUCUCUAGCAGCGCAGGACUGCGAACCGCUUCCACUGCGGCCAUGUCGCGUUUCCAUGCUUCUUUUUUCGGAUGAAUCCCAUGAGGUAUAUUUUUAUAAGCUGUCCUCGACAGCCCUCUAUUUUAUUCUGAGUGUGUGGGCAUGACGCCCACCUCUGGGUGUUUUUGCCUUCUCGCAGCUCGGUGCUCACUGUGACGGGACCAAAUGCAAGCAAAUCCCAGUGGAUGGUUUAUGAUUUAUGAUGGCUUGUGAUGCACGCAAAGCAAGACGGGUCAUGGGGGUCGCGUACGAGAGCACUGUGGUGGGUACUGACUCGCCACACGUCCACCUCCCAUUAAUCCGAGCAAGAGGUUCAGCACUUACAACACUUGUAUUUGACUAGUCAUUCUGGAAUUCCACACCACUUGUCAAUCGACACAAAUGAUUGUGCAAAGCUUCACGUGUCACGGACGAUUACACGGCAGUUGUAAAUCCACGUAACUGCACUCAAGCCAUGUUCAGGCCAAUUAAAACGCCCGAUCCUCC